AUGGACGAUAACUUCCAUCGAUGGGUGAAUUCGCACGGGCGUUCGAUUAAGGAGCGUCGGUACCAUGACAAGAGUUCAGUCACGGUGCCGACAGCAAAAUUGAUCCACAGUGGCAAGGACUACAUGCUCAAUGGGUUCACCACUGCGGAUCAGGCCAGCAUCUACCAGGUUUUGGGGGAGCGAUGGAUGGAUGUUGGAAUGGUGGAUUCAGUUGUGUUGGCCAGACACAACAAGAUGCUGUCUAUCCUCUUUAUUCAGCCGAGGAGUGCGAUGCUGGAAACAGCAGACAGACUGGCGGCUGUCUACGACAGGGAACCGGAAAAGUCUGAAGCGCUGCUGCAGAACAUAGAAACUUACGGUGUAUGGGCUGUGAUAGCUUACCAUCUUUUUAAGUUGAGGGAUCAGCAGGUGCAGCAGGAGGCCGAGCUUACUACGGAGCAGAUGUUUGAUUGGGAACAGCCAAGAGCUCAGCAACCACAACUUGCGGAUGCAGGGGGCAUUGACCAGACUUUGGCAGUACGACUGGUUAAGGCGUUCGAUGGGCUGUAUGGGAAGGCGGUGAUGACGAAUCUGCGGGUGAUUCAUGACUCCAAGGACCUGUUUAUUCAGCGGCUUUAUGCCAAGAACGGGCGUUUAGGGGUUCAUCUGCGUCAAAACUACAAGUACACAGGUCUGGCGCGAGUGCUAGAGUACCUGCGUAAUGAUCGCAUUCAUACUGCUGGUCCGGCUAUGACAGUCGGUCCGACGGUGCAGGAAGUGUCUCAGGGUGAUCGUUUUGCCAUGGAUGGCACUUUGGCGGCCCUUAAUGAUUUGCGUACACAACUAAAGAACCAGCUUAAGAAUAAAAAGGCGUCGCAGAAGGACCUACGAAAGCGGAUUGAUGAGACCAAGCGUCAGAAGUCCGCGCGGAAGCGUACUCGAUCUGAGGCCUCGGAGGACGAGGAUGGGGUUGAGGUGUCAGGUGAUGAACCUGACGUGGCGUUCAAGGAGCGUAUGAGCAAUAUCAGGUGCUUCAAGUGCCAUAAGAUGGGGCAAGUGACUGGAAGGGUCACUAGGUGCUGCAAUCGAAGAGAAAGCUCAGGCAGGCAGUGUCAUUCAUGGUGCUGUCCAGGGUGCAGAGGCUGA